CCCGGCUCUGGGAGGGGAGUGGGGGCUGGUGGGUUAGAGCAGGGGGGCUGGGAGCCAGGACUCCUGGGUUCUCUCCCCGGCUCUGGGAGGGGAGUGGGAGCCGGGGGCGGGAGGUUAGAGCCUUUUCCCAUUGAUGGGGAACUCGCGCCACCAUGUGGCUGUAGGAGCAGCUGCAGCCCAUGUGCUGCGGGGUGGGAAGGCAGCCCGGGCUUCUCUAAGACCCAGACCUGGACUGGGAUUUCGGGGUGUCCCCGCCACUCCCCAGCAACGUGCUGUCCUGUGGGGGAAACAUGCAGCCCUGCCCCCAAACCCUGUAUCCAACAGGGACCCCCUGUGACAGACCCCCCUGCUCUGACCACCAGACCCUCUCCCAGAGCUGGGGAGAGAACCCAGGAGUCCUGGCUCCCAGGCCCCACUGCUCUAACCACCAGCCCCCACUCCCCUCCCAGAGCCAGGGGGAUAACCCAGGAGUCCUAGCCCCCAUCCCACUCGACCUCACCACUUACAUCCAUCCCCUCCUUUCCCCCAAUAUCUGGGGGGGGUCUAAUAUGUGGGGGCUGCUUCUGUGUCGGUACCUCUCAGCGGCGCUGCCGCCCACGCCCAGCAGGGGGAGCCCUGACCUCGCUUCUCCCGGCCCCUUGCAUUUGAGGGGUGGGGGGUGCUGGGGUUCUCGGGCCCCCCAUUCCCAGCUUUUCCCGGCUCCCCGCAUCCGGUGCCCAUUCACCCCCCCCCCUCAAUUCUUAUACUUUAUCUGAGGAACUCUAGGGUGGACCCAGGCGUCCUGCUGCGGGGGAACCCAGUCCACCCCUCCCCCAUACACACUGGAUGGGGGGGAGGACUGUCCUACAUAGCAGCAGCUCCUCCCCGCGCAGAGCCUCACACUCCCAGCGCUGGGGGGGGGCACCCUGGGGUGCGGUCCCUUUAAGAGUCACUGCGGCUCUGAACGCAGCGUCCCUCCCCCUCCAGCUUUGGGGGGGUGGGGGGCUGUGAUCAGACUGCAGGAAGGAGAGUGGAUGUCAGAGUUCAUCCCCUUAAGAGAGAACCCAGGAGUCCGGGCUCCCAGCCCCCCUGCUCUAACCACCAGCCCCAACUCCCCUCCCAGAGCUGGGGAGAGAACCCAGGAGUCCUGGCUCCCAGCCCCCACUGCUCUGACCCACCAGCCCCCACUCCCUUCUCAGAGUCAGGGAGAGAACCCAGGAGUCCUGGCUUCCAGCCCCCCCUGCUCUGACCCACCAGCCCCCACUCUCGUCCCAGAGCCAGGGAGAGAACCCAGGAGUCCUGGCUUCCAGCCCCCCUGCUCUAACCCACCAGCCCCCACUUCCCUCCCAGAGCCGGGGAGAGAACCCAGGAGUCCUGGCUCCCAGCCCCCCUGCUCUGACCCACCAGCCCCCACUCCCCUCCCAGAGCCGGGAAGAGAACCCAGGAGUCCUGGCUCCUUCCCCCACUGCUCUAACCACCAGCCCCCACUCCCCUCCCAGAGCUGGGGAGAGAACCCAGGAGUCCGGGCUCCCAGCCCCCCUGCUCUAACCCACCAGCCCCCACUCCCCUCCCAGAGCUGGGGAGAGAACCCAGGAGUCCGGGCUCCCAGCCCCCCUGCUCUGACCCACCAGCCCCCACUCCCCUCUCAGAGUCAGGGAGAGAACCCAGGAGUCCUGGCUCCCAGCCCCCCCUGCUCUAACCCACCAGCCCCCACUCCCCUCCCAGAGCUGGGGAGAGAACCCAGGAGUCCGGGCUCCCAGCCCCCCUGCUCUAACCCACCAGCCCCCACUCCCCUCCCAGAGCUGGGGAGAGAACCCAGGAGUCCGGGCUCCCAGCCCCCCUGCUCUGACCCACCAGCCCCCACUCCCCUCUCAGAGUCAGGGAGAGAACCCAGGAGUCCUGGCUCCCAGCCCCCCCUGCUCUAACCCACCAGCCCCCACUCCCCUCCCAGAGCUGGGGAGAGAACCCAGAAGUCCUGGCUCCCCCUGCCCCGCUCUAACCAUCAGCCCCCACUCCCCUCUCAAAGCCGCCAAUCCAUCUACUUCCCUCCCACCAUCCCUUGCCCUGGACCAGUGGGCGGAGCCUGUUAUGCUAAUGAGGCCGAGGCUGCGCUGCACUGUGCCGCGAACCCUCCGGGACUGGGGGGACCCUCUCUGCCCCCCUCCCCGCCACUUCCCCCCCCAACCCCACUCGCCCACCUCUCCCGCAUGGCCUCGGCCCUUCCCCCACCCCAGAUUUCGGACACCCCCCUUCCGGGGACAGGGAAGGAGGAACGAGGGGGGGUUGCAGUCACCCUAACGCUAAAGAGCCAGGACCCCCGGGGGUCCCAGCCCCCCCAUUGUGGCUGAGCCAUGCAGGUCUCUAUCGCCUGCACCGAGCAGAGUCUGCGGAGCCGCAGCACCGAGGAGCGGCUCUGCACGGGGGGGCGCGGGGCGCCGGCCCCGGGGGGCCAGGGAAAUGGGGGGCACCAGCCCCCUAAGGGGGCCCGGGGGCUGGCGGCGGUGGCGGGGCUGCGGGCUCCCGGCCAGAACCUGCCCCACAUCGCGUUCCUGCUGCGGGAGUCCACGGGGCUGGCCACCGGCAUGAAAUACAGAAAUCUGGGGAAAUCCGGGCUCCGUGUGUCCUGCCUCGGGCUUGGCACCUGGGUGACGUUUGGCUCCCAGAUCUCAGACGAGACUGCAGAGAACGUGAUGACCAUCGCCUACGAGAACGGGGUCAACCUCUUCGACACGGCUGAGGUCUACGCUUCCGGCAAGGCAGAAAAAACUCUGGGCAACAUCCUGCGAAGCAAAGGCUGGAGGCGAUCCAGCUACGUUGUCACCACCAAGAUCUACUGGGGUGGCCAGGCGGAGACGGAGCGGGGCCUCUCCCGGAAGCACAUCAUUGAGGGGCUAAGGGGGUCGCUGGAGCGGCUGCAGCUGGGCUACGUCGAUAUCGUCUUUGCCAACCGCAUGGACGUCAACAGCCCCAUGGAAGAGUAUGACCCCAAUUUCCGCCUACUGCUACUGGAAGAGAUCGUGCGGGCCAUGACUUACGUCAUCAACCAGGGCAUGGCCAUGUACUGGGGCACCUCGCGCUGGAGCGCCAUGGAGAUCAUGGAGGCGUAUUCGGUGGCCCGGCAGUUCAACCUCGUGCCGCCGGUGUGCGAACAGGCUGAGUACCACAUGUUUCAGCGUGACAAGGUGGAGUCACAACUUCCUGAGCUCUACCACAAGAUCGGUGUGGGUGCCGUGACCUGGUCCCCCCUGGCCUGCGGCCUCAUCACUGGCAAGUAUGAGGAGCGGGUCCCCGAGAACUGCCGGGCCACCAUCAAGGGCUACCAGUGGCUGAAGGAGAAGCUGCAGAGCGACGACGGGCGGAAGCAACAGGCCAAGAUCAAGGAGCUGCAGCCCAUCGCCGAGCGUCUGGGCUGCACCGUGGCCCAGCUGGCCAUCGCCUGGUGCCUGCGCUCUGAGGGCGUCAGCUCCGUCUUGCUCGGGGUGUCCAGCACCGAACAGCUGAUCGAGAACCUGGGAGCCAUCCAUGUGCUAGCCCAGCUGACCCCGCCCGUCAUUCAGGAAAUCGACGCCCUCCUUGGCAACAAGCCCAAUACGAAAAAAGAGUCCCGGGCGUAGGGACACAUCGGCGCCCGGGACUGUGCACGCCCUUGUCCCACCGGACUGCGUAUCCCUCCGCCUGGCUCUCUGCACUGCCUGGGAGGAGGAGGUGCUGCUUCGCGCAUGACCUAAGACCACCCCCCGUAUCCCUCCGCCCCCCACCCCUCCCGGCUGCUGCUUCGACCCAUCCCCAUUGCCGGCAUGAGCCAGGGGAUUGGCGGGCAAGAGGCCCCGCCCACCCUUCCAGCUUUCCCGCCGGAUCUCGCCAGCCGCUUCGCCUCCCGUGGUAUCCAUGCUCCCGUUUUUAAAGGGACGGGCCACCGCCUCGUGCUGGGGGACGGGCGAGGAAUUCGUUGAUCGAGCUAACGAACCCAGCUGACGUGGAGAACCAAGGGGCACUUGUGGCUUUCCCUGCGCACACCCCCCCCCCCCGUUGGCUUCUGUGUAGCUCUCGGACUCUGCCCCCCCAGCUGGCUGGCGCCCCCUGCUGGGGACUUGGGGAAUUCCCUUCGGGGGACUAUUUUUCUCUCCCCCCGCCCCCCCACUUUCCCUGUAGGGGAAAGAUAUUGAUCAAAUCCACCCAGGACAUUUCUCUUUCCACUUGAGUUUCUUUCUCCGCUUUAAAUGAAAACACAACACAACCCAUCGGUCAGCCAGAGCCAGCUCUUCCUAUAGCAAUAAUGCUCCAGUGAGGGGGAGGGCAUGGGGGGGCUACAGGCCCCCCCCAUCCAGGAACACCCUCCCCACUCCUGCUUUCGCACAAUCCUGGCUUCCGGUCGGCCGGCGGCUGGACAGAUGAGCCCGUCCUCUCGGGGUUCGUGGACUCUGUACAGAAACGAGAGCAGCGCAUCCGCUUCUCCCAGGGACGCGAUGUAGCCGCAGAUGGGGGUGACGGGCCUGGCUGCCGGCGAAAACCCAGAGGAAAGCGAGGGGGACGGGACCCAGGAGUCCGGGACAAAGUCUCCACUCCCCCUCCCCUGAAACGUCCUUUUCCUUUGCUUCCUGGCCUACGUUCUCGUGGAGUUGCAGGCGGCAGUUCAGCAGCUGCCAUGACUCGCCCCAGAGGUGGCUGCAUCUCAGCACCGGGCGAGGGGUCCCUGGGUAACCAGCCACCCCGCCCCAGAGGUGGCUGCAUCUCAGCACUAGGCCAGGAGUCCCUGGGUAACCAGCCGCCCCGCCCCAGAGGUGAUUGCAUCUCAGCACCAGGCCAGGGGUCCCUGGGUAACCAGCUGCCCCACCCCAGAAGUGGCCGCAUCUCGGCGCUGAACGGGAUCCAAUCUCUCGCCAGCUCUGGAGAACAGCUGCUGAGCGUGUCGCUGUAACUCUGCCUGUAACGUAGCAUGGCACCGGCUCCCUCGCGGCUGCACCAAUUGGCCCCAGCUCUGCCCCGGGUCUGGGCACGGUUCCCUCCCCACCCUGAACCGGGGUCUUUUUCGCAGACCCUGUGUGACCCUGCAGUGCACCUCAACAGCCAAUAGGGGGCGCGUUUUUCGUAGAUCCCACCAGAUGACUUUUAAACUCCGGGGUGGGUUAGAGCAGGGGGGGCUGGGAGCCAGGACUCCUGGGUUCUGUCCCUGGCUCUGGGAGGGGAGUGGGGACUGGUGGGUUAGAGCAGGGGGGGGCUGGGAGCCCGGACUCCUGGGUUCUAUUCCUAGCUGAUGCAGUCUGUGACCUUGGCCAUGUUCUCCGCUGUUCAUAAUGAGCCACUUGAAAGGCAGGUUCUGCGGCUGAAUGGGUGUUUGCUCCGCAGCAGUGCGUGAAAGCUUAGAAUAGCUCAAGGCCUGAAAUAGCUGAGGGGCUGCGGAGCUGGGGGGGGUCCAGGUGUGGGUCUAUCUCAGGGCUGCGCCUCCCCUCCCAGGUGAUGCGGUGCAUUGCAGGUCGUUUUGUUGGGCCCCCCUGCCCUGUAGACUCACCCCACACAGACACCCACCCCCAGCCCUAUAGAUCCCUUGGGUUCGGCUGUGGAAGCGUUGCUCUCUUGUCGGAAGAAGGUUGAAAUGUAAAAAGGAAAAUAAUAAAUUAGUAACCAACUGA